AGCCGAGAAACGGAGUCCCUGCUGGAGUUCCUGCCACUGGUGGCCGAGUACAUAUGGGGAAGUGGCCGAGCUGGGUCAGCACAGGAGGCCUGCUGGGCCCCGGGCCAGCCUCCGGUGAAGGAAUACCUACCCUUCUACAUCGGAUUCCCUCAUCUGCUUCGUUACGUCCUCCUAGAAGUUUCAUCCCUUGGGCUGCGAAUUCUCUUCCCUCGAGAGACAGAACUACUCAAGAAAACAGGAAUCUGGGAACGCACAUUAGGGAAAAACUGCUCGAUUUGGUGCCACAAAAGCCGUUGUUGCGGGCGAGCUUCGGCUUAGGGGAGGGACAGGUUUCCUGGCCCAAAACCCACAAAGGCAGAUGGCUUCUUUCCCCAGGUGUUCCCCAGCAUGGGGAGUGACACUAACCUGGGCGACAUCUACUUGGGAUGUCCUUGGAUGAAACAAGGACAAGAUUCGUCCCUGGUGGAGACUGGAGUGUGUGACAAUGAGCUGGCCUGGGGCAGCUGCCAGGGCAGGAAACCCAAGGGGUUACCUCUGAAGGGCCUCAACCGUGCUCAUGGAAUGGCGUGCAGCCCACUUGGUGACGCUUCUUCAAGCGGGGGCUCCUUCCAGGGUGACCAGCCUUUCCCCACCCAUGUUCCAGACCUGCCCAGACCUGUAGUUGCUGCCCGGGGAGCGGAGUCUCCUCCCCAAACAUACACAACCUGGCCUUGCCUCAGCCUCUAGCUUAGUUUCGUCCUCCCCCUUGGCCCUGCUCUGUCCUCCCUACCGCAGGUCCCGGCUGGCGGAGCGAAGGGUCCCGUCCCAUGGCCGCGUCCCCUGAGGAGCCAGGGCUCCUGUCCUGCGGGUCCUGUGACAUGGUCUUCCGCUCCUGGCCACUGCUGGCCACCCACACUCAGCGCUUCUGCAUUGGCCGUCUGACCCGCGAGGUGACCCCGGGUCAUCCCCCCCCCCAAAGGGCCGCGUCCGUGCCUCGGAUUCAUCCCACGCCCUGUCGCCAGGUUGUGUCACAAGAACACCAGGGCCUCCCAGACCAGGAGGCCAGCGAAUUGGCUCUAAAGCAGCUAACCGAGGAGGUACUCCCCGCUUUCCCCACUGGCUUGAAAGGAAGCCUCCUCCCCCAGGCCCCUGCCAUCUUGGGGCAGGUUACCCCAACACAGAUCGCGGGUUCCCGUUACGUCCAGGUGCAGCGGCUGUGGCUGUACCUUCAGGACAUGCUGCCCUGGAUAACAGAGGUCCCCAGGGGACUAGAAGGGCCCCGGAGGGAGGCGCCUGCGCCCGGCCCCACCGCCGAAGCUGCUGGAAGCCCUGGGGAGCGGCUUCGGGCGCUGCAAGGGACUCACGCAAAGCGGGUGGCGGAGACUGAGUCGCAGAGUCGGGCUCUGGAGCGACGCCGCGAGGGUGAGGGGAGGGGAGCCCCCGCCCUCGGCUUCGAGUUUGUCGGACCCUUUGCGACUCGGUCCCUUAACGCCUCAGAACUAAGCCAACGCCUCCAAGGUUUGGCCCAGACCCGGGCCGGAAUAGCACGCCUCCGAGGCCUGGAGCGGGAGCUUCGAGAACUCCGGGCGGAAGCCAGGCGAUCGCGCGGAGCUCUGGACGCGCUGGGGGCGCAGGUUCGGCUGCUGCAGCCCGAGCCCGGGACCCGGCCCCACGCCUCGCGAGAGGCGGAGCUGUGUUGCCCGGUGCUGCAGGCCACCCCGGCGACUCUGGCUGCCGAGAUCGGGGCCCUGCGUGAGGCCUACGUUCGAGGCGGGGGCCGGAACCCCGACGUUCUGGGCCACAUGUGCCAACUGCAAGUGGAGGCAUCAGCACUGGAUCUGCGGCGGCUGCAGCCCCGCAGAGGAAGACGGACAGGUGCCGCCCUGGAGGAGCUUCUGGCAGUGGAAGCUGAAAACCGGCGCCUGGAGGCAGAAAUCCUGGCCUUGCGGAUGCAGAGGGGCGCAGGCCCUGCGUCCUGGGGUCAGCGAGCGCCCUUGCCCCGCGCCGUCUCGCUCUCCCAGCAGGCCGAGCUCAGAGGAAGGGGUUAGAGGGAUCACGCGAGGGAAGAUCCCCCACGCCUCCCUCCGCCGGUGGCUCCUCCGCUGCCGCCGCGUCCACCUUCGGCAGGCCUGCGGGCCCUGGGAACCAUGACCAGGAACCUAGGCCUGGAUCCGCACUUCCUCCUGCCCGCUCCUGACGUUCUGGGCCCUGCACCCUACGACCCUGGGGCUGGCCUGGUCAUUUUCUAUGACUUCCUUCGGGGCCUUGAGGCUUCUUGGAUUUGGGUGCAACUGGUAACUGGCUUGACCCGCGAUGGACAGGAUACAGGAAGGGCCACAGCAUUGCCUCCAGCCCUUUGCUUGCCCCCACCUCCAGCUCCGGGGCCCGUGGGCAACUGUGCCAUCCUUGCCAGCAGGCAGCCUGUACCCAGACUGCCACCUUCACCAUCAGUAUCCCUGGUCUGUGAGCUACAGGCCUGGCAGGGGCUGGCAGGGGCUGGGGAACCACAGCCAAAGGCUUGGGCCUCCCUGGUGCUCUUUGACUGGGAUCAAAGGGUGCUGAGUGGACGUUGGCGUCUUCCACUUCGGGCCCUCCCUCUGGACCCCAGCCUUAGCCUUGGACAGCUGAAUGGAAUUCCCCAGGUAGGUCAGGCUGAGCUCUUUCUGAGACUGGUUAACGCAAGAGAUGCGGGUGUCCAGACACUGGCAGAGAUCAACCCAGCAAGCACCCAGGAGUACCAAUACCCACCUCCAAUGUCCUGCUCACCUUCACUAGAAGCAAGCUCCCUUGUCCCCACAGCUGGCUUUGUCGACCCCCCUCCUCCUGCAGAAGAGCCCCUCCGCAGCAGAGUCAAGGAAGAUGAGGGUUUGGGCCCUCAUCCCAGCUUUGACUCACCCCCUCUGGUUUUAAGGAACGUGGACAUGAGUAGCUUCCCAUACACAGAACUAGGACUUUAG